ACUUUACCAAGGACAGUUUUGGUAAACUUUGAGUGAAAGCUGCCUGAACCCUCCUUCCUUCGCACUUGACACGUAAAAAAUGUCCGAUGAUAUAUAUCUUUCGUCGUCUCGGUGAAGCUCCCCACCCCACUAUUCCCGUGAUGCAGUUAACCAGCCUUGAAAUGCCCCGCAGCGCAAACUGUCGCGGGAAUAGUGGGGCAUCAACGGCGCCUCACCCACCGCCAGGCGCACACACCGUCCCGGGACUCAUCACAGCUCCUUCAAAGUCCCAGGAUCACCACCGAUCCCCAACUCUCACAAUGGCCAGCCAAGGAAGACAGCAAGGAGGAGAGCAAAUCUCCCUCGAUACCCUCACAGCCCCCCAACUCUCGGCCGUGAAAAAGCAACUCGACGAAGAAGUCGAGCACCUCUCCCAAUCUUACGCCCAGCUCGCCGCCGCCCAGUCCAAGUUCAAGGAGUGCCUCCGGGUCGUCAAGUCCGGCUCCGAGACCUUUGACGAGAAAAAGCCCAUCCUCGUCCCCUUGACCAACUCCCUCUACGUCAAGGGCCGGAUGGCCGACUCGGACAAGGUCAUUGUUGAUGUCGGGACUGGGUUUUACGUCGAAAAGGACACCAAGAGCGCGGCAGAGUUUUAUGAGGCCAAGGUCAAGGAGUUGGCUGCGAAUAUUCAAGGACUGGAGGGCAUCGUGCAGGCCAAGACUCAGAAUUUGAGGCUGGUGGAGGAAGUUCUCAGACAAAAGGUCUUGGCUGCUGGACCAGCUGCUGGCCAGGCUGCUCAGGCGUCAUGACGGGCCAAUAAUUGAGAAUAGCAAUGAACCAGCUUCAUGUCCAAGUCAUCUAUCAUUCCUACGUAUGCGAGUGCCCUUGACUGCAUGUAACAGUUGAUUUGAGAAGUCACAGACGAUACCAGUCGGUGCCAUGCUACAAAUAUGGUGGCCCCUUACGCACCUCUCCUUCGCCACAUCACAAUAGUCUAGGGUUAUAACUGACCUUUGCGUCUCGAUAUUUUACAUUGCAAUGCUAUAGUAUCACAGCUACCC